AUGGGCAUACUCAGCAGAAAUUCUGGAUUCGACACCCUUUCUCAAGUAGCCAGGAGUAGUCCUAACAGUGUGCCCAGCUGGUUCAUGGAAGCCAGCAUCGCUGCAGCUCCUCACGUGAUCUGGACUCCAGCAAAGCAAGCACGACCGUAUUAUGCUUGGACAUCAAGCAUGAGCAAUGGAGAUUGUGGCUGCACCCAGGGAAACGGGACAGAGUUUGAUCUGGCCAGUUGGGGAGAAUUAGGGCACAGGAAGGGGGAUGCAAACCGCACCAAGAAGGUCGGGAUCGUCGGUAAAUAUAGGACCCGUUAUGGCGCCUCCCUCAGGAAAAUGGUGAAGAAAAUCGAAAUCAGCCAACAUGCCAAGUACACUUGCUCCUUCUGUGGCAAAACCAAAAUGAGGAGACGAGCUGUGGGGAUCUGGCACUGUGGUUCCUGCAUGAAAACGGUAGCUGGUGGUGCCUGGACCUACAAUACCACCUCUGCAGUCACAGUUAAGUCCCCCAUCAGAAGACUGAAGGAAUUGAAAGAGCAGUAGAAGCUCCACCAUUUGAAAUAU